ACAGGAAGAGAGCAGGGGGAAACCAAAAGAGAUGCACACUUCCCCGAAACAAGGUCCCCGUGCCGGCUGCUACCCUCCGGGCCUCUAGCCCAAAGGAAGGCACACAGGGGAAGUUCCGGUACCUUUUGGGGGGAAGAAGCUGCCAUGGAAGAGCCUGCAGCUCCCACUGAAGCCUCUGAGGCACCUGGGGCAUCUACGGGUGCCGAGGCAGCAGGGGAGGGUGCACCUGGGCCUUGUCUCCGCACUCGCCCGGUCUUCCGGCAAUUUGCGGCUACAGGUCCGGCCCCCCUUCGCGCGUCACGUCUGAGGCCUGCCCAGGCUGCAGGGGGAGGGGCUGGGCCCAGUCGCUUGCAGGGCCGGAGUGGUGGCAGCUGGACGAAGCAAGUCAUCUGCAGGUAUUAUCUGCAUGGGCUUUGCAAGGAGGGGGAGAACUGUCGCUACUCACAUGACCUCUCAGGCCAGCAGUUGGCCAGGGAGGGCCAUGGUUCACUGCCUCGGGCCUCUGCAGACCAAGGCCCUAGCACGGCUGCGCAUACUGAGACUCUGCCUCAGGAAGUGGCGAAAGCCCCCUCUGCUGCGCCUUCAUGCUCCUUGCCUGUGAUUGGCUUGGCUGCUGAAAGGGGCUUCUUUGAAGCUGAGAGAGACAAUGCAGGCCUUGAAGCUGCAGGAGGAGCCAGUGUAGAAGGCUGGGAGAAUGCUAUUGAAUUUAUUCCCGGGCAACCCUAUAGGGGCCGCAUGGUCCCUUUUGUUCCCAGGGCUCCUCUACAGAGCCCAGUGACUGAGAGGGAACAGAUUGCAGUGGGCAGGGGUCAGCAGCUUUGCCGUGAUGCUGCCAUGGGGCAGUGCUUUCGUGGGGAGAGUUGUAUGUAUAUCCAUGGAGAGAUAUGCGAUAUGUGUGGGCUUCAGGUCUUGCACCCUGUGGAUGCUGUGCAGAGGGCAGACCAUACAAAGGCUUGCAUUGAAGCACACGAGAAGGAUAUGGAACUCUCAUUUGCAGUGCAGCGAAGUAUGGACAAGGUGUGUGGCAUCUGCAUGGAGGUUGUCUAUGAGAAAGUCAACCCUAGUGACUGCCGCUUUGGCAUCCUCUCCAACUGCAACCACACCUACUGUCUUAAGUGUAUCCGCAGGUGGAGGACUGACAAACAGUUUGGCAACAGGAUCGUCAAGUCCUGUCCACAGUGCAGGGUUACCUCCAACUUUGUCAUUCCCAGUGAGUUCUGGGUGGAGGAGGAGGAAGAGAAACAGAAACUUAUUCAGCAGUACAAGGAGGCAAUGAGCAACAAGACUUGCAGGUAUUUUGCUGAAGGCAGGGGUUACUGCCCAUUUGGAGAGAACUGUUUUUACAAGCAUGCAACCCCUGAGGGCCCAGGAGAGGAUCCUCAGAGGCAGGGUGCUGAGGCAUCCAGUGCUCACUGCAGUCAACUUUUGGAGCCUACUCAGGUGGGAGAGGGCGAGAUGCCCUUUGAAAGCAGUAAAAAAAAAGCUUGUCAUGCUUCGGCUGGCCAAUCUGUUGUUAAGUGUUUUCUUUCACUGGGAAAGAGUGUGCUUUUUUUUUUUUCUCAGAGGACCAGUGGGACUUACUUCCUUAUGAGAUGGAAAAAUAUUUCAGUUUGAAUCUGUAGCAUUAUGCUGUGGCAUGUGGUCUAGUGUGCUAAGGCUCUGUCUGUCAUCUGCUAUUGCUUGUUUGUUGUUUAUAGACACAUCUAUCAUUUACAGGGGCUAUGGAAGCCAUUUUUACAAAGCAUUCAUCUCUGUUUUCUUGUCCAUCCUCAUUUCAGGGUUAUGCUGUUUUACUGUGGUAAACUGUAACAAAGUCCUUAAAGUUAUUGUUCGAUGAAAUGAAUAUUACUGUAGUUUAUGGUUUAUUUUGUCAUCUCUGUUUUCAACAGGAUUGAUUCAGUUCUAGUCUAGUGUUUACAGAAUUUCCACACUCAUUUUGAAGUCCCUCAAGAAUAAAUGUGACAGGGUGAAGGGAGAAGUCUUAACUGAACAAGGAGCUUUUUGCUACUACAGCCUUAAGAAAUGGACCCUCGCAGGGCCUUUGUGGUACAACUGCUCAUCUUUGUUGUUUACAUGUCUGUUCUUUCCCUCAUUCCUCUUCAAGUGCACUCUUUAACAUGUGGUUACCUUGUGGUUUUGUGUUUUACUUGACCAGAACCAAGUGCGUAUGUUUACAUGUUUUUAUCCUGUAAAGCUUGAUGUGAAAUUACUUACAUUUCAAAGUAUAUAUUUAAGAAUUAUAUAUUUGCAUAUAAAUGUGUGUAAAAGUUAUAUCUUUCAAGAUAUAUAUAAAACAAAUACCCUAUCAUAUCUGGAAGAGCUAGAAGCUGAAAACGAAAGGCUAAUAGUAUUUGCUGUUGUGAGUGUGAAGUGUGUAAAUGAUCUUUCCUUUUCACAGGCUUCAGUGAUUAGUAUCUAAUGAAAACAUAUUCAAGUGGCUGUGGUCAAAUGUAGCAGACACAGAUAAAGGACUUACAAAGUAGGACAUUGGUAAUUCCUUUGGUGGCAUCAAUAGCUCACUCUCCUAUUAUAAAUACACAAAUGCGUGUUCCCAUGUGAUUUAGCACAAUCACAUUCCUUAUAACAGCACAAUCAGCCUUGAACUCAGAUAUACAGUUCUUUGUAUUAAUAUUUUGUAUUAUCUCUUGACAUUAAAAAAGGGGCUUUUGACAAGUUUUCAACAUACAAAUGACAAAAUUAUGAAAGAGAAAAUAGAAUAAUAAAAAUAUUGGAACCAGUCAGAAUAUAAGAGUGAAAAGAUUAAAAAAAAAGUGAAA